AUGGUUGACGUAAAGAAAAUUGUUAUUCUCCCAGGCGACCAUGUUGGUCAGGAAAUCACCGAGGAAGCCAUCAAAGUGCUGAAGGCGGUCUCAGAGGCUCGCCCUAACGUCCACUUUGACUUCCAGCAGCACUUGAUUGGUGGUGCUGCCAUUGAUGCAACUGGUGAACCACUUCCAGAUGUCUCGUUGGAGGCGGCAAGAAAGGCGGAUGCCGUGCUAUUGGGUGCCGUAGGCGGUCCUAAGUGGGGGACUGGUCAAGUCAGACCUGAACAGGGUCUGUUGAAGAUCCGUAAAGAAUUGCAAUUGUAUGCGAAUUUGCGGCCUUGUAACUUUGCAUCUGAAUCCUUGCUGGAACUCUCUCCUUUAAAAGCUGAGUAUGCUCGUGGUACUGAUUUUGUUGUGGUUAGAGAACUUGUCGGGGGGAUCUAUUUCGGAGACAGAAAAGAAGACGAAGGUGAUGGCGUUGCCUGGGACAGCGAAAAGUACACGGUUGCUGAAGUCCAGAGGAUCACAAGAAUGGCGGCCUUUUUGGCCCUGCAACACAAUCCUCCAUUGCCUGUGUGGUCUCUUGACAAGGCCAACGUUUUGGCUUCGUCCAGAUUGUGGAGAAAAACUGUUGAGAAAACUAUCAAGGAAGAGUUUCCUACUUUGAAUUUGCAACAUCAGUUGAUUGAUUCUGCUGCAAUGAUCUUAGUCAAGAAUCCAACCCAGCUGAAUGGUGUAAUCAUCACUAACAACAUCUUUGGGGACAUCAUAUCUGAUGAAGCCUCCGUUAUCCCGGGUUCGUUGGGCUUGUUGCCUUCCGCUUCACUGGCCUCGCUUCCAGAUACCAAUACUGCCUUCGGAUUGUACGAGCCAUGUCACGGCUCUGCUCCAGAUUUGGCAAGAGGUAAGGUUAACCCAGUAGCAACUAUCCUGUCCGCAGCCAUGAUGUUGAAGUUAUCAUUGAAUUUGUUCGAAGAAGGAUGUGCUAUUGAAGAGGCCGUGAGAAAAGUUUUAGACUCAGGUAUUAGAACUGGUGACCUGAGAGGGACUAGCUCAACUACUGAAGUUGGUGACGCAGUUGCAAAGGCAGUCAAGGAAAUUCUGGCCUAG